AUGAUCUAGCUCAUCUACUUUAUAGCUUGUUUUUGUAGCUACAUCAUUAUUUUUAUCCCUAUAAUUAUUAAUUUUGCACUUGAUAUUCCCUUGAAUGGCCAAUCAGUCUCUCGAUUACUCUUCUCCAUCAUCGGAAGUCCUACCGUCGGGUUGACACGCAGUGCUUCCGAUGUGGAGGACAGAAAGCGUCCGAUUGGUUUGAAUGCCGUGCGGAAGAAUGAGACAUUUGGGCUGUACGACACUAACUACGGAUCUGUUGACAAGCGGCCAGCCUCUGAGCUGAGCUCCAAGGCCGGAACGAAAGCUAAGGUCUGUUUAGCCUGUUUUGCAUUAUGUUUGCUCUCUUUUGUUCACAUACUUGCAUUAUUGCGUGCAAUGCGACUGAUCUUCUUCUGCUUCAUGGGGAUAAAUACACCAAGUGGCAUAAGCUAA